CUUUUGCAACUCCAACCCAGACAAGCACAAGCUCGACAAAAGUGCACAUCAUGGUCAGAAAGCGAGUCAGAGAUGCGGAAGCCGCCCCGGAGGUGUCGAUGACGGGAGUGGACAACGGCGAGGACAGCGGCAGCGAGGAUGAUGUGGAUAUGAUAAAUGUCGAGUUCGAAUGGUUCAACAUGGCGCCUGAGGUUGAUUUCCACGGCCUUAAGAGCCUGACACGCCAAUUAUUGGAUGUUGAUGCGCAGCUCUUCGACCUGUCGGCCCUCGCUGAUUUGAUCCUCUCGCAACCCACAAUCGGAUCGACCGUGAAGGUCGAUGGCAAGGAGACGGAUCCAUACGCCUUCCUUACUAUCCUCAACAUGCACGAACACAGAGAGCACCCAGUGAUUAAGGCUCUCACUGAGUACCUGAUUGAGAAAUCAAAGUCGGGUACUGGCUUAGAAGCUCUGGGCAGUGUUCUGUCCUCCCCUUCAAACCAAGUCGGCUUAAUUCUUACCGAGCGCCUAAUCAACGUCCCUUCGGAAAUCGCACCUCCGAUGUACUCCAUGAUCGUGGACGAGAUUGAGGCAGCUGUCGAGGACAAGGAGCCAUACGAAUUUACGCACUACUUAGUUCUCUCCAAGACAUAUUUAGAGGUCCAGUCCACACUGGAUCAGGAGGAUGCACCUAGACAGAAGAAGAAGAAGCAGGUCGGAAAGGAGACCUUCUACUUCCACCCCGAGGAUGAGGUUCUCCAGCGCCACGCUGCGGCACACGGAGGCUGGGAUUACACGAAGGAUGAGGGCGAUUCUAAAGCAGACAGCAAGAGAGCCUUCCAGGAGCUGGGGAUCAGGCCCCAGGGGCAUGCUAUUCUAAUCGAAGCUGCCAAGUUCGAUGGUGCAGUCAAGGCUGUGGGCGAGUACAUAGGACUGCAGCAAUAAAUCAUGAUCCAUCUCUUCAUUCUAUUUUAAAUCUGCCAUUUAGCUCUCAAUGACAUCCGGGCCCUCUAACCUCUGCAUCAAGUA